GAGCCGGGGGGCGGCCGCAGCCCGGGGCGGGGGUCGGCGGCCGCGGGACUCGCUGAGCCAUGCGGUACAACGAGCGCGAGCUGCUGUCCCUGGCCCGGCAACCCGCCGAGAAAGCGGCCGAGAUCCUGAUGCGGGUGCCCAAGAAAGGGAGCGUGCUGAAGAAACGCCUCGUGAAGCUCGUUGUCAACUUUCUCUUCUACUUCCGGACGGAUGAGGCAGAGCCUAUUGGAGCUCUGCUGCUGGAGCACUGCAGGAUCACCAAAGAGGAGGAGAACGUCUUCUCAAUCAGUUUCAUUGAGGAGCCAGAGAGGAAGUACUGCUUCGAGUGUGCCAGUGAGGAGCAGUGUCAGGAGUGGGUGGAGGCGCUGAAGAGAGCCAGCUACGAGUUCAUGAGGAGGACCCUGAUUUUCUACCGGAACGAGAUCCAGAAGAUGACAGGGAAGGACCCCCUGGAGCAGUUUGGGAUCUCAGAGGAAGCCAGAUUCCAGCUGGGAACACACAAGGAGUGCUCCCCUCACCUGGGCUGAACCAGGCUGUGCCCCCGAGGGUCACCCAGCGCCCCGGGAGGAACAGCAGCAGCUGCCCACAGCAGUGACCAAGGGACUCGAAUUUAUCAGCCAAAUAGUUUUGUAUGAUUUUUGUUUAAAGGGAACUCAUUGCACAUUCCCACUUGCCCCAGCUGUGGAGGCAGCUGCUCUUAGCUGCUCCCUGCAGGUGGGGCCCUGGGCAGCAAGGAGGGGCAGAGCAGCCUGGGCAGCACCUGGGCUCCAAGGGAAGCUUUGGGUCUGGUUGGUUGGGAAUUAAUGCCAAAACAAGAGCCCACAGUUCAAGCUUUAGUGGCCUGGCCUUGCUGCUUUCCCUCCUGCUGCUGGGUACCAGGAGAGGGGCAGAUGGUACCAAUGCUUUAUUUUUAACCUCAAAGCCAAGAUUGUUUCCCCUUUCCCUCCCCAGGGACUCCCACACCCUCCAGUCAUUCCAGGUGCUUCCUCCAGAGCUGACCCAGAGCAGGGGAGGGGCUGCCCAGUGGGUCCUGCCCGGGGAGCUGAGGGCAGCACAGGGUGGAUUUACAGACAGAUGGUGGCUCUGGGGGAAGCAGCAACAAGGGAUUAAAAGCAGGAACAUACAAGAGCUGCACUUGAGGGAAUUAAGUGUCCUCAGAUGACUUUAAAGUGCAUUUUAAUCCUCACCAGCCCACUCUGUGUCACCUCAGGGCAGUGGCUUGUUCCCAACGUGCUGGUGGGGUACACAGCAGCUUUACUUACUGUGAAAGAGUUGUCUGGCUGGUUGCUUGAGAGAGGAUGGAUGGACAGACCCGGGCUCAGCAGCAGUUUCCUCUGCCACAGGCUGAGCAGGGCCACGUGGGCUCCUCCAGUGCAGCUCUGGCUCCAGCAUUGCUUUCCCAUGGCUCUUGCCCGUCCCUGUCAGAGGCAGAACAUCCCUGCUCAGCUCCCUGGGCUUCAGCAGAAGUGAAUCCUUCAGAGUCAACCCUGUACAGAAACAAAACCUCAGGGCUUCUGCCACGGUGCAGUCAUUUGUGGCAAACGGCUGCAGUGCUGGAGCAGUUCCAGCUCAGCCCUCUGCCCCCGGGGCUGUGGCAGGAGUGUCCCAGGCAGAGCUCACACCCGCUGGCAGCCCUGGCCACAGCAUGGGCAUUUCAUUUGGCUGUGACUGGGGACAGUUGGGUGAGAGACAGACAAUCCCAACCCUCAUCUGAGAGGCGACAGUGACAUUUCCUAACUGAAUGUAAGACAAAUGCUGUGAAGAGUUACACGGGCUGGCGACCGGCCCCGCAACUGCCCCACAUCAACCUCCAGAGUAGCACUGGGACGUGGGGUUUGGUUUCAGGAGAAGAUGGUACUUCAGACACUUUGAGAUCUGCAUCAACUGCUGGUGAUUUCCAGACAAUUGUUCACUUUCCAUCUCUGGUCUCUCUGCUGGUUGUGUCUCAGGGGCCUGUUCCAGCGAGGGCCGUGUGCAGGCUCCCUGGGACUGCACUGAAGCCAUUUCUCUCUUGUUCAGUGAACACUUCCAAUAAAAGCUUGUUUUAAUCUC